UUAGCCACUGCGCAACUAAAUACUACAUAAGACUACAUAAGUUGGCCUUGGCUAAGCGGGCAGAAAGACUAAUGAUUGGCAAAGAUAUACAUCUGCAAGAAAUUUUGAAAUCCGACGUGGCCAUGAUGGGAGAAACAAAACUGGAUGAAUUAAAGAAAGAAGUUAGAAGCAUUCUGAUUACCUACCCAAAUGGCGUUAAUUUGGCAGAAUUUAUUAAAACCUACAAAGCACUUAUAGGUAGGAGAUUUCCAUCACGGGAGUUUGGCUAUUAUACGGAUAUAGAUUUCCUACAGUCUAUGUCUGAUGUUGUGCAACUUUUCAUGGACCAGAGUGGCAUGUAUCAGCUUUCUGUAAUUGCUGAUGAAUCAACUGUACACAUUCAUAAACUUGUUCAAAACCAAAAGCAAAACAAACCAAAAAUUAAUCGAAAUUUUCCAUAUCAAAUGAGAAAACCUCAUGUUUUUCAAAAAUUUUAUCUGCAAAAAAGUGUAAUGAAUAACUUCAGCUAUAGUAAGCCAUUUGUACCAGCUCCUUUAAAAGCAGAACUAAUUGAACUGCUUAAAUUAUAUCCUGAUGGUAUUACUCUACCAUCUCUUCUUCUAGCAUACAAGAAGAUGUAUAACAAGUUUUUGAAAUUAGAAAAUGGUUUGGAUAGUUUAGAAAAAAUGCUAAAUGUUAUUUCGGAAGUAGAGUUACGCUCUGUAGGUAAUUUGACAAAGGUUUAUUAUUUAUUCAGUAGUCCUGAAAAGAAAAAUUUAAAUGCAGUUCAUAAGCAAGUAUCUACAGAUGCGUCCAAAGCAGUGCCUGAAACAGAACUCGAUAAAAAGGAUAUAGAUUCAUCGGGUGUUUCAGAAGCUGUUAAAAAGAAUUUUCAGAAAAUACUCUCGUUAUAUCCUAAAGGUAUACUAGCAACAAAUUUUCCAGUUUUAUAUAAAAAAACAACUGGUGAUAAUUUUAUUCUUCAUGAUCUUGGCUACACUUCUUUAUUAGAACUAGCAGAUGCUUUACCCAAUAUUUUCUUUCGAAAAUCUGUUCCUGGCAGUACUAACGAUUGGCUUUUCCUACCUGCAGAUUCUCCUCUCUGCAGCAAUGGCUCUUCUCAAGGUGAGUCACAUAAAGAAAGUGAAUGUGAAGGUGAAGAAUUCAAAAUAAGCAUGGUUUUGAUUUUUAAAAAUAUCCAAGAACUGUUGUUGGCUUAUUCUCCUAAAGGCGUCAGAGUGGAUGAUUUUCUUAAUUUAUACACUAAAAAUUUUAAGGUGCCUUUGCAUCUUAAUAGACUUGGUUUUAAAGAUGUUCAAGAAUUUUUACUCACAGUUUCCAGACAUGUGCCUUUGAAAUUUCAGAUUAUUAGAGGAUUUAAAUAUGUAUAUAUAGAAGGGAACCUUUUAUCUCCUGAAAAGCUGGCUCGCCCAUCAAUAUUUCAAAAGACAUUGCCUUCUGAUGCUGCUCCAUCUGGCCUGCAGUUUUGCCAGCCCACUCUACCUUAUGAUCUUAAUUUAGAUCAAUGGAUACCAGUUUUGAUAUCUUCUGCAAUUAAUCCCAGUCUGUUUUGGUUUCAGCUCCAAAUCGAAGAAAAUGUGCUUACUUUUAAAAAAUUCGAAGAGGAAAUCCAGUCAUUUUACAACUCCCAUCUUGGAAAUAAAUACAAAAUGAAUGAUGCUGAUAUUUUGAUUGGUGCCACGUGCAUUACCUUUUGUUCUGCUGAAUACCAGUGGUGCCGUGCAGAAAUUAAAUGUAUACCAGCAGUUGACUUAGUGAAUGUUUUAUUUGUGGACUAUGGAUGCUCAGAAACAGUGCCACGUUCAGUUGUGCGAUAUGCAAAAUCUGCAUUUCACUGUUUGCCAGUUAAUGCUUUUAAAGCUCGGUUGGCUUGCCUCAAACCUGCAAAUAGUACCUGUGCAUGGGAUAACAAUGCUCAGAAGCGUUUCCUUCAACUUUGUGAUCAUAUGCCAUUAAUGGCUGAAGUGUAUUCCGUUGAGGACAACAGUGUCUUAGUAUUUCUCUGUGAUACUACUGACGAAAAUGACUUGCAUAUAACAGAUAUCUUGAUUAAUGAGGGUUUUGCAGAAUUUUCACCAGAGAAUGAUUCCACACUUAAUGAAGCAUCUCCAUUUAAAAAGGAAAAUUUUGAAUGUUUAACUUUUCAUAAUGAUUUAUCAGUGGAGAAUAUCAGUGAAUGUAAUGACCUUCAUAAUAAUGCAUCUUAUCAGAUUGUAAAUCCCAAAUUAACAAAAAGUAUUCUACAUACUUCAUCAUCUUCAUCUUCAUAUUCUUCUUUUGAUGAAGAAAAUGUAACCUCAGAAGAAUGCCAUCAUAAAAAUUUAUUACCACAUGAAAAUUGUUCUGAAGUCAAUCUAAAAACUUCACCCCUUGAUAAUUCUUCUGAAAAGGGAGCAUUUUGCUUAAAAUCAAGCAGAACAACUCCAAAUGGGUUUUCCUGUAAUAAUGUUGAGAACCAAUAUAACUGUACAGCAGUCAAAAGAUUUGUGAAAAGGGUAAAUUCAGAAGAUGGUUAUAAAUUACAUAUUAUUAUUGUGAAAGACAAACCAUAUAUAUCUGUUGGUGAUGUUUGUGAUCUUUUAUGGAGUGGGGAAGAAGCUGAAUUUCUAGAAAAUAGAUUGAAACUCAAAGAAAUAGAAGUACCUACAGUAAUCCUUUCUUUUGAAAAACAUAGAGAAUUAUUUUAUCAGUGUGAAAGAUGCUUGGUCAAAGGUAUCAAGAAAAUGGAGUCAUAUAAAUCCUUAGCAUUGUAUUCUUUAAAUGAUGUUAUGGAUAUUUUAAAUAUAUUUGGUCAUCCAUCAGUCUAUGUCAGAGAGACUUUAAAGAAUGAAAUAAAUUCAUUCAAUUUUAUGGAUCGUAUUUGGAAAGAAUAUUCAGAUGCUGAUUUCUGCAAAUGUACAGAAAAUCAAGUCUAUGUAGGUGAAGAUAAAUUGAGUAGGUUAUGUUUGUAUGACUUGAAAGCCAUGCGCAUUGGUCUUUGUUGCAAAAGAUCAAAAGUUAAUGCUAGCCUUGGAAAAGUAGGAGCAUCUGAUGAGCUGAGGAGAAUAGAACAUCUUCAGAACAUAAUUGAAAAGAAGAUGGAAAAAAUUGAAAAAAUGUGUGCAUCUUAUUCAAAGAAGAAUAUGUCAUGACAGCUAAAAUAUUAGUUUCUUGAAAAUAUCUUCUGGGAGAUUCUUUGAAAAGGAUGAUUAGAUCUGUGAUAUUGUAGAGUCUAAAUACAUAAGAUGUCCUCUAAACUCAUAAUUUAUUCUCUUCUGUGAUAUUCUUACUGUGAAUGGGGAAAAGGUGACAAAGAAAUGUACUUUUACAAUUAAUUUUUCAUCCCUAAUUUAAGAAAACUAAAGUGAAUAAACUAGGAUAUUGCAUCCAGUACAAGACCAGUAAACUUUAUUUUAGCUAUUAUGAAUAUGAAAGUCAUUAAAAUAAAUUUUUAAUUUAGUAGUGAUAAUUUCUUUCUAGAAGGAUCAGAAUUGGUUUUGAUAUAUUCAGUUUUUGAUGGAUGUAUUUAACUAUAUAAAAAUUGUCAACAUUCAUUUGGCUGACAGAAAGACAUUUCAAACAUGAUAUUAUCAACAUGGGUGCUUUCUUUAGAUGGCUAUUUUCAUGCUUUAAUGUGAACACCAAGUGUAAAUUUUACAGAGAUCAAAAAAUUUUUAAUUUUCAUUGUAUUAGAUGUGUUAUUAUUUUUUGUGAUUAUUAUUGCAGAAAUUAUGUAAUGUAUAUGAGACAUUGUAUAUAUGCAUAAAUAAGUGCAUGUGUAUGUGUAUAUUUAUAUAUAUACACUUAGAAUACAUGUGUAAGUUUUGAAAAGAGAUGUAAAAAGCUGAUUCUUAUAUAAAAUGCCAGUUCUUUAAAAUGAAAAUAAAAGUAAAAAUAGUUUGAA